AUGAAGUUGGUCAUGGUCUUCAUGCUGGCCUCCAUCCCCAUUUGCUGCUACGCCAGUUCUGGCUGCAAUGCAAUGGACGAUGCUAUUGCGAAGACAAUUGACAAGGAUAUGUCUCUGGAGGAAUAUAACCACGUGCUUAGUGCAUACAUAUUUGUUACUUAUGACAAAACUCCUGUGGAAAAGUUCAAGCAAUGUUUUCUAGACCAGCCUAGGGAGACUCUGGAAAAUGUUAAUAGGAUGAUGCUGAUGGAGACCAUCAUAGAAACCACACCUGGACACAAUGUCUGCAUCAACUGA